UUCUAUGGAUCACUCGCUCUUGUGAACCACAACACGACACUCUUUCCUUUGCAUAAGUUUCAAAAACCGACCAAACGCCAGACCUUGUCAUGUCUCACCGCGUUUCUCAUCUAAGUGCGAUGAUGAUGAUGAUUUCGAUCACCUGUCUCUGAAUAUUUAUAUAGAAACUAGCAUCUCUUUUCUUCUCUUGUCCUGUUGAUCAAACCCCAUUUUUCUUUUCUUUUUGAAAUUUGGAGGAGAUGAAGAGGGGCAAAUCUGAUACGAAAUUGGACACGUUUGUGUCAUUAAGCAAGCAAAGAUCCAUUCAAAUCGUGAUUGCUGUAGCUGUUUUCUACAUGCUUCUUGUCACUCUUGAAAUCCCUUUUGUUUUCGACUCUCGUUUCACUUCUGAAACCACCACCGCCACCUCGACCACCCUUACUCGCUUUUCUCACCUUCAAAGCGAACAAGAUUUGCAUGAUAAAGAUGCCCCUACUCGACCUAUGAACUGGGUUUCCCAUAAUUCCGCCCAGCCUAUGCGCUCGCAACUCGCUCGUUCCACCACGAAACCCAACAAAAUCUUGUCCACUUUGGGUUUUGAACCUAAAACGUUUGACCCCACUAAGAAAGAUGGCUCGGUGAGCCUCCAUAAAGCUGCGAAGACUGCUUGGGAAGACGGGUUGAAGAUAUGGGAUGAAAUGGAAUCCGGAAAAAUGCAAGUUUUGGAGGUUAAAAAGCCUGAGAAUAAAUCCGAACCGUGUCCCAAUUCGGUUUCGCUCUCUGGGUCCGAGUUUUUGAAGCGAAUGAGGAUGGUGGAUUUGCCCUGUGGGCUCACUUUGGGGUCACAUAUAACGGUGGUGGGUAAGCCGAGAGCAGCACAUGCCGAGAAGGACCCCAAGAUUGCCUUGGUGAAGGAGGCAGGCGAGACGGUGAUGGUUUCGCAGUUUAUGAUGGAAUUGCUGGGAUUGAAGACUGUGGAGGCUGAGGACCCUCCUAGGAUUCUUCAUUUUAAUCCCAGGUUGAAAGGUGAUUGGAGUUUGAAGCCUGUAAUUGAGCAGAAUACUUGUUACAGAAUGCAGUGGGGGACUGCUUUGCGCUGCGAGGGGUGGGGUUCUAAGGCUGAUGAGGAGACUGUUGAUGGUCAAGUUAAGUGCGAGAAGUGGGUCCGUGAUGAUGAAGAUGAUGAUAAAUCAGAGGAGUCCAAGGCAACUUGGUGGUUGAACCGGUUAAUAGGUCGAACAAAAAAGGUGUCUUUUGACUGGCCAUAUCCUUUUGCAGAGGAGAAGCUGUUUGUCCUAACUCUAAGUGCUGGUUUGGAGGGUUAUCAUAUUAAUGUUGAUGGGAGGCAUGCCACUUCUUUUCCUUAUCGAACUGGGUAUACUCUUGAGGAUGCAACGGGGCUAGCUGUUACUGGGGACAUAGAUGUUCACUCUGUAUUUGCUGCUUCAUUGCCCUCGAAUCACCCUAGCUUUUCUCCUCAAAGGCAUCUAGAGAUGUCUAGCAGGUGGAAAGCACCACCUCUUUCUGUGGGGUCAGUGGAACUUUUUAUUGGUAUUCUUUCUGCAGGUAAUCAUUUUUCUGAGCGAAUGGCUGUGAGGAAGUCUUGGAUGCAGCAUAGGCUUAUUAAAUCUUCAAAUGUGGUAGCUCGUUUCUUUGUAGCACUGCAUGCUCGAAAAGAAGUGAAUUUGGAGUUAAAGAAAGAGGCUGAAUUUUUUGGUGAUAUUGUUAUAGUGCCUUACAUGGAUAACUAUGAUCUUGUGGUGUUGAAAACUGUUGCCAUCUGCGAAUAUGGGGUCCGCACAGUGCGUGCAAAAUAUAUCAUGAAGGGUGACGAUGAUACAUUUGUGAGAGUGGAUUCCAUUAUUGAUGAAGUAAAUGAAAUUCCUGCUGGUAGGAGCUUGUACAUUGGAAACAUAAAUUACUACCAUAAGCCCCUGCGAUAUGGUAAAUGGGCAGUGACAUAUGAGGAAUGGCCAGAAGAAGAUUAUCCACCCUAUGCAAAUGGGCCAGGCUACAUUUUGUCUUCUGACAUCGGGCGCUUCAUUGUUUCUGAGUUUGAGAGUCACAAAUUAAGGUUGUUCAAGAUGGAAGAUGUGAGCAUGGGAAUGUGGGUAGAGCAGUUCAAUAGCUCAAGACCUGUGGAGUAUGUGCACAGCUUGAAGUUCUGCCAGUUUGGAUGUAUUGAAGGUUAUUACACGGCUCAUUACCAGUCCCCCAAGCAAAUGAUCUGCCUUUGGGAAAAAUUACAAAAGCAGGGAAGGCCUCAGUGCUGCAACAUGAGAUGAUGAUCAGGACGUGAGUUGAGGUUCCAAGUGCUGGAACAGGGGAGGAUGGUCAGUAGAUUUGGUGACAACGAGGACUGGAACAUGGAUGGCAGUCCUGAGAAUUCAAGAUACGACGAGUACAGGGGGCAAAUUUUGCAGUCAUAGCAUUGUAUAUUCUGUGAGGGGGAUUGGCCAACUGGUACAUUGGCUAUAGAAAUGCCCUUUUAAAAUUUGUUCAUCUUUUUGUUUUUUCCUUUUGUUCUUUAUACUUUUCUUUUCCUCGUUACAUGGCAUUUAGGUAUGAGGUUGGAGAUGAAGGUGGGGGUUGUAUUGUGCAGAGGAAACAUUUCUAUAGAAAUCAUAGUUCUCUUAACGUUAGAAAUGUUAGCGGAACAUGGAAUGUGUUAUUUAUUUAUUCACAGUUUUUAUUUUUUUA